AUGCAUUUCAGGCGAACACCGGUCACAACCGAACAUGCUCUGCAAGUCAUGUGCCCUGCGCAGGGAGGUGCCGGCUUAAGACCUGUUCUCGCUCGCAGAGAGUACAGGUUGCCCCUGCUCGUGAAGUACCACAAGCCAAAGGGCAUGGUCACGUCCAUGCGGGUGCAGAAGAACAUCAAGAAGACGGACCUCGAGGAUCUGCGAUCAGUCGUCUCAUUCGCCGGGGACGAGUUCGAGCUCGACCUCUAUCACCCGGUAGGUGGCCUUGCCACCGGUGCAAGCGGGCUCUUCCUUUGGAGCCGAAGUGGGCGAUUGACCCGACAGCUCCAAGAUCCUCGCCGGGGUGUGGCAAACAUCUUGGAGCUGGAAGUCUGCGGAGCAGUUAGAGCAGAGUAUCUCGAUGAGGCAUUGCAGACUGGCGUGAACCUGGGAGUGACGGGCUUCCAGAGGACGUACACCGCCAGUGUCUUGGAGGCCGCCCUUCUGCCGGACUCGUCCCUGCAAGAGCCACGGUCGCGGGUCACAAUUCUCGCCAGGGAUGGCAGGGCGCAAGUGCCAGCCAUGGUGGAAAGAUGUAGCCCAGAGGCGGACGCAGGCGCACAUCUUGGCGAUGCCUUAGCACACGCUUUUCGCAAGAACCACUGCAGGUUGGCGGCCUAUCUCUUGGUGAUCUUGAGGCCCAGUUUCUCAGACGAUGCCGUCCGAGUGUCGCAGAUCUUGGAAGCUGUCAUGUCUUCGCGGUGUGGGUUUGUUUGCUUAGCUGCAUGGUUGCUCAGUGGCCCCCUAUCCUUUUGUGCCGUUGCGAUUCCUUUCCUCCUCCAUCCGACUUUGAUAUGCAUCAGACGGCCACUCGUGUGGAGACAUGGUUUCAUUUCAUCAUUCCCAUACCGAAGACGCAGGCACACGAAAGGCCGGCACUGGCCAGCGGAUGCACUCACAUCAAUCGCGCAGAGAGUUUUGGUCUAUAAGUCUGUGCCAUCGUGA